AUGAGCACCAUGCGGCUGCUGCUGCUCGCCCUGCUCUUCUCCUCUUCCUUCGCCCGCGCCGGCUGCGACCCCAAGAUCGUCAACAUCGGCGCGGUGCUGAGCACCAAGAAGCACGAGCAGAUCUUCCGCGAGGCGGUGAACCAGGCCAACAAGCGGCACGGCACCUGGAAGCUGCAGCUCAACGCCACCUCGGUCACGCACAAGCCCAACGCCAUCCAGAUGGCCCUCUCCGUCUGCGAGGACCUCAUCUCCAGCCAGGUCUAUGCAAUAUUAGUUAGUCACCCUCCUGCUCCCAACGAUCACCUAACACCAACACCCGUAUCAUACACAGCUGGCUUCUACAGGAUCCCUGUCAUUGGUCUGACAACACGCAUGUCUAUAUAUUCUGAUAAGAGCAUCCACCUGUCCUUUUUGCGCACGGUCCCACCAUACUCUCACCAGGCCAACGUCUGGUUUGAGAUGAUGAGAGUCUUCAACUGGAAUCACGUCAUUCUGAUAGUCAGCGACGACCACGAAGGUCGUGCUGCACAAAAGAAGCUGGAGACCCUCUUGGAGGAGAGAGAGUCCAAGGCUGAGAAAGUGCUUCAGUUUGACCCCGGGACCAAAAAUGUGACGUCGCUGCUGCUGGAGGCUAAGGAGCUGGAGGCUCGCGUCAUCAUCCUCUCUGCCAGCGAGGAUGAUGCGGCAACGGUGUACAGAUCAGCAGCCAUGCUCAAUAUGACGGGCUCCGGCUACGUGUGGCUGGUGGGGGAACGGGAGAUCUCGGGCAAUGCCCUGCGCUACGCCCCUGAUGGAGUCAUCGGCUUGCAGCUCAUCAAUGGGAAGAACGAGUCAGCCCACAUCAGCGACGCUGUCACGGUGGUGGCCCAGGCCGUGCAUGACCUGUUUGAAAAGGAGAACAUCACCGACCCACCGCGGGGCUGCGUGGGCAACACCAACAUCUGGAAGACGGGGCCUCUUUUCAAGAGGGUGUUAAUGUCCUCCAAGUACUCGGAGGGCGUCACCGGCCGGGUAGAAUUCAAUGAGGAUGGGGACAGGAAGUUUGCCAACUACAGCAUCAUGAACCUGCAGAACCGCAAACUGGUCCAGGUUGGGAUUUACAACGGCAGCCACGUCUUGACCAAUGACCGGAAGAUUAUCUGGCCAGGGGGAGAAACUGAGAAACCUCAGGGCUAUCAGAUGUCGACCAAAUUGAAGAUUGUGACGAUCCACCAAGAGCCCUUUGUGUAUGUGAAGCCCACGCAAGCAGAUGGGACAUGCAGGGAGGAGUUCACCAUCAACGGUGACCCUGUCAAAAAGGUCUUCUGCACAGGGCCCAACGAGACCAUCCCAGGCCGCCCCACAGUGGCACUGUGUUGUUACGGCUUCUGCAUCGACCUGCUCAUCCGCCUGGCGGGGGUGAUGAACUUCACCUACGAGGUUCACCUGGUGGCUGAUGGUAAAUUUGGUACCCAAGAGCGGGUAAAUAACAGCAACAAGAAGGAGUGGAACGGGAUGAUGGGCGAGCUGCUGAGCGGGCAGGCGGACAUGAUUGUGGCUCCCCUCACCAUCAACAACGAGCGGGCACAGUACAUCGAGUUCUCCAAGCCCUUCAAGUACCAGGGUCUGACCAUCCUCGUGAAGAAGGAAAUCCCCCGCAGCACACUGGACUCAUUCAUGCAGCCCUUCCAGAGCACGCUUUGGCUGCUGGUGGGGCUGUCUGUGCAUGUGGUGGCGGUGAUGUUGUACCUCUUAGACCGAUUCAGCCCAUUUGGCCGCUUCAAAGUGAACAGCGAGGAGGAGGAAGAAGAUGCCCUGACACUCUCCUCGGCCAUGUGGUUCUCCUGGGGAGUCCUGCUGAACUCUGGCAUCGGAGAAGGUGCUCCCCGGAGUUUCUCUGCUCGUAUUCUCGGCAUGGUGUGGGCUGGCUUUGCUAUGAUUAUUGUGGCUUCCUACACUGCCAACCUGGCUGCCUUCCUGGUGUUGGACCGACCUGAGGAGAGAAUUACAGGCAUCAAUGACCCCCGGCUGCGCAACCCCUCCGAUAAGUUCAUUUAUGCCACGGUGAAGCAGAGCUCGGUGGACAUCUACUUCCGACGGCAGGUGGAGCUGAGCACCAUGUACCGGCACAUGGAGAAGCACAACUACGAGAGCGCUGCCGAAGCCAUCCAGGCUGUGCGGGACAACAAGCUCCAUGCCUUCAUCUGGGACUCGGCGGUGCUGGAGUUUGAAGCCUCCCAGAAGUGUGACCUGGUGACGACGGGGGAGCUUUUCUUCCGCUCCGGCUUUGGGAUUGGGAUGCGCAAGGACAGCCCGUGGAAGCAGAACGUCUCCCUGGCCAUCCUCAAGUCCCACGAGAACGGCUUCAUGGAGGAUUUGGACAAGACUUGGGUGAGGUAUCAGGAGUGUGAUUCCCGUAGCAAUGCCCCAGCAACACUCACCUUUGAAAAUAUGGCAGGUGUGUUUAUGCUGGUGGCUGGAGGUAUUGUUGCCGGGAUAUUUUUAAUAUUCAUAGAAAUAGCUUACAAAAGGCAUAAGGACGCGCGGAGGAAGCAGAUGCAGCUGGCGUUUGCGGCCGUUAAUGUGUGGAGGAAAAACCUGCAGGAUAGAAAAAGUGGUAGAGCAGAACCUGACCCUAAAAAGAAAGCCACUUUUAGGUCCAUCACCUCCACCCUGGCCUCCAGCUUCAAGAGACGUAGGUCCUCCAAGGAUACGCCCUGCAGAAUGGUCCCUCAGGAGUGCCAGAGAGACAGGCUGGCACCAUGGAGCCAAGACAGCCCUGGGAAGCUGCCACCCCACUCUGAACGUCCUAGCGCCCACCAUCACCCGAGCUGCACAGCCUCUCCGCGGCACAUCAUCCCCACCGCCCCAGGAGGAGAUGCAUGUGUUCCCCAUAGGCAGCUCCUGCAACUCGAAUAG